UUAUUCUGUGGUUUUAUUAGGGGUUAUAUUUUUGAUAAUGGAAAACGUCAAACCUAAGUUUCUUUUUAUUCGCAACGAUGAGUACUGAAAAUAAAGUUAGAGUUUUUCAGUGAUGUAGGCGAAAAGGAAUAAUGUACUUGUGAUGCUGCAGUUUAAGUAUGAUCCGGUAAUUGUUUAAUGUGUUGCGGGUCAAGUUUCUAUUCUUAACCUCAAAAUUAUGUUUUGUUAUAAUUAAAAAUAAGAACUAAUUAUAUUAUGGAUUCUCUUAUUGUGGAAGAUUCUGAUGAAUCUUCAUUAGAUAUUCACGAGCUAAAUGAUAUCGAAUAUGAUAUACCUCCUUCUGCACCCCUUUCCUUAGAGAGCAUUUUAUGGGAAUUAGAAUCUGAAGAAGGCAGUGAUACAACUUCUUUACAUUCAGUUCAAAGUUCCUCACAUUUCCAAAAGUUUAAGUCUUUACUGUAUCAUGGAAUUUUACAAGGGAUAUCUGCUCAGCUUGUGUCAGCUAAGGAAAAGGUUGGUGCUGGAUCACCGACAGUAAUAAGCAAUAGCAGUAAAACAGUUGCAGUAGGCACAUCACAUGGAUAUCUUCUAGCUUUUGAUUCAGAUCAGAAAUUAUGUUGGUGUUGCCAUGAUUCUCAAACAGUCGACCAAGGGGCAAUAUCAUCCUUAGCAUUUAAUGUAGAUUCAACAAGAAUAUUAGUCGGUUUUGAGAGAGGAUAUGUUUUUAUGGUAGAUUGUGGCACUGGAGACGUUAUUCGGCGUUUACCAGAUGCCCAUGCCCCACAAUCAGCAGUAUUGCAUUUGCGCUUUACAGUCAGCAAUAAUUUGGCCUUAUGUGGUGAUUCAGCUGGUUGUAUAUUUUCCUUAUCAUUCAGUAGGCGCCUUGGAAAACGAACGUGGAAUUCAAAAUGUUUAUUUUCUGGUGCACGAGGGGAAGUCUGUGUUUUUGAGCCUUUUGUGGAACCACUUGAUUUCCAUCCACUGGGACAGUUUGUCAUUGUUGCAAUUGCCACCCUUUCUAAGGUGAUAGUUAUAACAAUAAAGCCUCGUCUGAGAGUGCUAUUUACUCAAAUGUUACCCAGAAGCCCAACGUAUCUCCCACUUUUAGCGUGGCGUAUGGUACCAGUCGGUCGUACCAUGCAACCUGUUUUAGCGUGGGGACGUGGUACCGAAUUAAAUUAUACUCGUGUAGUAAUGUCGCCUGUAGAUUCGAGUAAGAUCAAUUUAUUCCCUUUACGCAGUGUUCAAGUGCCUUAUACACUUUGCGCCUUACACUGGUUUGGUACAAGACAUCUGGCGAUGUUAGAUACAACCGAAAAUCUUCAUCUUACGGAAGUUCGGACCCAACGGGAAAUUGAAAUUUUGGAAUUGGACAACGCAGGACUAGUUUAUGGUUCGGCGCAUUUUAAAGCGUUGGCCCUUGGGGGUGGUGUUAGCGAAGCAUUUGCGUUAGCUGGCGAGAGAGCGUGCUAUAAUAGCUUUUCUAGUCGUGGUGAUCAGCUUUUAAUACUAGGAACCAAAGAAGUCCACCUUGUAAAAUUACGAUCUUGGCCUGAAAGAUUGGCUUUUCUCAGCGAACAGGGCAGAUGGACGGAAGCGCUUAAUUUAGCCGCUGAAGAAGGCAAAUAUAAUAAGAAUAAUAACAUCGGUAAAUUACUAGAAAAAUAUUUAGUAAGUCUUAGCUGUUAUGGGAUCGAAAGGGAUAAUUUAACUGCUGCUGUCAAUUGCUGCGUGAAAUUGAACAAAAUUGAUCUUCUUUGUAAUGAUUUAUGGGAAGCAGUAGCUAAAGAGCCUUUCAUUUUGGAUUGGUUCUAUAUAUUAAUAACUGACCAUAUAGUAAAUGGUACCCUGUAUUUUCUUAAUCCCACCGUGGCACAAGCUUUGGUCAACUAUCACGAAGAAAAAAAUAACACCGAAACUCUCGAAAAUAUUUUAUUGGCCGUAGAUUUGAGUUGCUUGGACUUGCAUCAGGUAUUAAAGAUAUGUCGUACUAAAAAGCUGUACAAAGCGUGGAUACACAUCAAUACGAAAGUUUUGGAGGACUACGUAAGUCCGUUGACCGAAUUCCUCCAAGAUUUGACACCUGAUAAUCAUAAGUUAGGUAACGUAAUGCUUGUCUAUGUUUCAUCGUGUCUGACCGGACUAGGAUAUCCUCAUGGAAAAAUUCCCGAAAACAACGUUUCGAAAGUUAAGUACGACAUAGUAAGAUGUUUGGAAACAGUACAUUCUAUAACACCAACUGAAGGAGAAAAGUCGUACCCUUACUUACGAGUUCUUUUAAAAUACAAUACGAGAGAGUGGUUAAAUGUUGUUGAAUUAGCGUUUAGAGAACCGGAAUUUUUGGGAGAAAUGGGGCUGCUGCAGAGACAAAGACUGAUAAAGAUCAUGAUUGAAAUAGUUUCACCGCCUGAGUUUAAUAAAAGUCAGAAAGUACAAUUAGCUUGUUUUGUUUCAAGAUUAAUUGCAUCAGAUAAUUUGAAACUAGACAGAGAAAUUUUAAACGAAGUUUUAAAUUCGUUAAUGAAUACUUUAGAGAAAGAUUUAAGCGUCCGUGAUCAUUACGAUAGGCAGCAGGCGUGGAUCGAUCUUUUAGAAAGUAAUAAAAUUCCCGAUGAUUUCAAGGGACAACUGGAAAAAGCAUUGAACUGUAAUUGUCUCAGAGUUGCCGAAAUUCUAUAUGAGAGACAGAAAAAGUACGAAAAAAUUUUAGAAUGUUAUUUAAGAGAUAGUUACCGAAACGACGACGCUUUUAAUUACAUAUUAAAAUAUCACGAAGACAGCGAAAGGUGUAUACGUAAACAGUUCAUAGAUAAUUUCGCAGACCUGGUGAAGAUUGAUGCAAAGAAAUCGGCAGAAAUAGUUGUCGAACAUUUUACAGACAUUGUAGAAUAUUUAUGUCAGUUUUUGGAAUCGCGUGACACUGACUUAUUCUAUGUAUUCGUAAACGAAUUGGUUCUUUUAGACGUGAAGCUUCCACCGGAAGUAGCAAAAAAUUUUUUAGAAGUGCUCUGUCAAAGGGACAGCGAUUUUGUUGACGACUUUGUCAAGUUGAAAUUGUGUCCUACAGAAGUUGCCCUUGAAAUCACAAAAAAGUACGAAAAACAUUCUGCGACAGCUCUUUUGCUAGAGCAGUGUGGCAAUUAUAGGGAAGCUUUAGACCUUAUGUUACAACAAGGAAUGGCUAAUGCUGCUGUGCAGCUUUGUGUCCAUGGAGCGGAACAUUUAAGCCUGAACGAAGCCCAAGAACUUUGGUUGGCUCUACUCAAACAUCCCACCAGCUUGAAGUGCAUGAGCGUACGACAACUAUUACACUUUGCCGCCCCCCAUGUUCCCCCGACACAACUUUUGGAAUUAGUGCGAGACGUAUGCUUCGGGGAUGUUCGGGGAAUUUUGGGAGAAAUGCUAGCUGAUUGUCGACAUGAUUUGCAGAUGUUGCAGACCACUUUUAAACUCUUGAGUAAGGAUAUUCAUCAUGGAUUGGCAAAGUCGCUGUCAAUUAGUCGAAAACCUAUAGCAGUAAGUUCGGAUUUGUGUACAUUAUGUCGAAAAUCGUUAUAUUCGCAGAAAGAUACGGACUGUAUAGUGUGGCAAUGCGGGCAUUGUUUUCAUUCCAGUUGUGUGCCAACGUUAGAGGAAACGUUUCCUUGUCCCAAUUGUAGAUUGGUAGGUAAAUUAUUGAAAGACGAUAAAAAAAAAUCGUCAUCGAACAAUUUAAACAUUGCUUACGAAUGCAUUCAAGUAAGACCUGAUUUAGAAGGCCGAUUUUAGUUAUAUACAUAGCUGAUACGUUUCACGAUAGAUAUUUUUGAUCAUACAGCACUGAUUAUAAAUAAUAAUUAUUAAUAAAUAAGUAAA